AUGGAAAGUUUUAUUCAUUUGGUUGAUGAUUAUGAAGAAUCGCAUCUUUCAUAUAUAACUGCAGUCGAUCAAAAAAAGCAAAAAUUAAAAAUUUUUAAAAUUUUUAAAUCGAUAUUCAUUUUUCUUCAGGUGGAGUUGUUAAAUUCUAUAUCAGCAGGCGAAAAAUCUACUAUUACUAUUGAAUACUUUGUUACGCAAAUUCUAAAACCAUUUCCAGCUGCUAUUACUCAAUCUGAAGUCCAGUUCGUCGUUUAUGAAGGGAAUGUUCAUGCUGCAUCCGCUUAUAAUGUUUUAAAGGAAACUUCGACUGUUAUACUACCGCAGGGUAAACUGGAAUCAUAUACGCCAGUUUCUCCUAGCAGAACCGAGAGCGGGAAAAUAAUUUAUGGGCCUUACGAGAAUGUUAAACCAAUGGCUGUGAAAAAAAUCAAAGUGCACGCAGAAAAUAAUUCGCCAUUUGUUGUCGCAACAAACGUUGAACGGCUUAUUGAAGUAUCUCAUUGGGGAAAUAUAGCUAUUGAGGAAAAAAUUGCUUUGGUUCACAAAGGAGCUGAACUUAAGGGACCAUUUUCAAGGCUAGAUUUUCAAAUUGAUCGGCGUGGAAGCAAAAGACCAGUUUUUACACAUUAUAAAACUUUACUGCCAGCAUCUGCCAAGGAUAUAUAUUAUCGCGAUGAAAUUGGUAAUAUUUCAACUUCAGAGGUUCAAAAAUUAUCUGAUGCAUUGCAGUUGACGAUACAGCCUCGUUUUCCAUUAUUUGGUGGUUGGAAGACUGAUUACAUCCUCGGAUAUAAUGUUCCUGCAUACCAGUAUUUAUAUUCCCUUGGAAAUGCUUUUGCUUUAAAAAUGCUGGUUAUUGAUCAUAUUUUUGAUAAUGCUAUUGUGGAGCAUUUUAAGCUUAAAAUAAUGCUGCCUGAAGGAAGCAGAAAUUUCAAAUUGAUAACUCCCUAUUCGGUGAAACGCUUGCCAGAUGAAACUUUCUAUACUUAUUUGGACACUGUUGGAAGACCAGUCAUUAUAUUUGAGAAAGAAAAUCUUGUUGAUGCUCAUAUACAACAGUUCACUCUUCAUUAUGAAUUCGAUCGUAUUCAAUUGUGGCGUGAACCAUUUAUUGCUUGUACAGCAUUCGCCUUGUUGUAUUUGGUUGUUAUCAUAUAUGUUCGAUUGGACUUCACGAUCGUUUCAGACCCAGUAAAUGAAAGCAGAUUGCAAGCACAAGGUCAGGUUGAACAGCUGACUGAACUUCAUGCGGAUCGAUUAAAAAUAUACGACCGUUAUAUCGAUGCAGCUAAUAAAUUCCGAAAUAACAAAGAUCCAGCAGGUUUUGCUGCUGCUCGUAGGAAAGCAGAUAUUGAGUUAAAAAGUAUUACUCAAUCUAUAAAUGAUCUACAGAUUGAACUCAAAUCAAAUGUCGAAAUUGUUGAAAAAUUGAAUGACGUACAAAAAAUGAAUAAAACGGCGGUGGAUAGCAUUACUACUUAUCUUGGACAGGUUGAGCGCUUAGUGAAAGGACAAAUAUCAAAAACGGCGUUUGCUGAAAUUGAAAGGAAUUUCAAUCAAAAAAUGAAUGAAUUGAAGGAAAAAAUGGAUUCUUUGAUUUAUGCCUUAUGA